CACAGGCCUCCAGGCAGCACUUCUAGGGACACACAGGCAGCCAUGCAGGCCCUGAGGCAGGAGGCUUCCCGGACCUAUGUCCCCUCAGGCACCUUGGAAGUGGACUUCCCCACUCCGUUGUACAGUGAUGACUAUCUGUCCCUGGAGGGGCCCCGCUGGGCACCAGCCAUCAAGCAGGCAACACGCUGGAAGUACACACCCAUGGGGCGCGACGCAGCCGGCCAGGUGUGGUACACAGGCCUAAGCACCCUGAAUGGCCGCAAGGCCCACACCCGCUGGCAGGGAUGCUAUCGCCACCGAGAGCACAGCCUGCCCCCCGCCUAUACCCAGCAUCUGCGGGAAACGGCCUGGUAUGACCCCAUCAUCCCUGCCCAGUACCUGAGCCCAGGCACCCGGUGGGGGAGCAUGCUGUGGCGAGACAGGCCCAUCCGGGGCAAGGAGUUCGUGCUCAACAGGAACCAGUACGGGGUGGAGCAGCCCCAGUGGGCUUCCGGCUAUGUGCCCGACCUGUCCCGGCCACAGCGCCCGCGCUACACCACCCAGAGCAUCCGGCACUGGGACCUGGAGCCCUACUGUCCCUCCACCGCUCAGCGGUCCCUGCCGGGCCACACACACAGCUUCUUAUAAAGCUCAUGCUGCCCACGCCGCCCCAGCCUCUGCUGCACUGUCCCUGCCAGGCGCCCAAGGCCCCACUUCGCUCCACCUUCUGCGCCUCCCUGGGAACGCAGGGUUGUCCUGAUCACAGAGCAGUUGGGCAUCAAGGGAAUCCCAGGUGACCAUGGCCUGGGACAGCAGG